GGUCUAGUUCCUUAAGGCUCUGGGAGAGGCGUGGGGCGGAUGUCCACAGUGCUGAGGGUGUAGUGUGUCGCGGCUCUAGUAGAGUCGGCUCCAUCAGCUCCGGCUCUGCCUCACGUUACCCGCUCCUCCUCCGAUACCCGCUGCUCCGAUACCCGCUCCACCGCUACCCGCUCUCAGUACAACCGUUCAAGGCUUCCGGAUGCUCUGAGGCUCUCCUGUCCUCCGGGGAGAGCAGAGGGACACAGCCGCAGAGCAACUCAGAGUGUGGACAAGACCGAGAGACGCGGAAGAGCCAUGCCCUCCGUGAUGGAGCGCUCUGGGGCCGGGGUCCUCUCCAGGAGCAGAGCCAAGACCGUUACCAACGGCAACAGCCAACCCCACUCCGAGGAGGAGAGCAGUGACGAAGAGCACGCUCACGACAGCAUGAUCAGAGUGGGAGGAGACUACCAGGCCCAGAUCCCCGAGUUCAAACCAGACUGUCCCAAUCGCUACACAGAGAAAGACCAGAGGAGCAUGCUGGUGUGGUGCCCCAACAGCCAGCUGUCUGACGCCAUGUUGGACGAAUACAUCCUGAUGGCCAAGGAGAAGCACGGAUACAACAUGGAGCAGGCUCUGGGCAUGCUGCUGUGGCACAAACAUGACGUGGAGCGCUCUCUGGCAGACCUGGCCAACUUCACCCCAUUCCCAGACGAGUGGACUGUGGAGGACAAGGUGCUGUUCGAGCAGGCCUUCAGCUUCCAUGGCAAGAGCUUCCACCGCAUUCAGCAGAUGCUCCCAGACAAACUCAUCUCCAGCCUGGUGAAGUACUACUACAGCUGGAAGAAGACACGCACCCGCACCUCUGUCAUGGACCGGCAGGCGCGCAGGCUCGUCAGCAAGAGGGAGAAGGAUGAUAGUAAUGAUGAGAUGGAGGAGGGUGAGCCGGGCAGUGACAGUGACUUUGAGGUGGAUGCUAAAAAGGAGGCCGCCAAACAGAAUCCCAGCGGUAGCGGAGGGGACAAACUCACCCCCAGUCGCUCAGGGGCCGUGAAGAAGGAGAGCAUGGGGGCCCAGUACAGACACCACCCUCUGAGGGCCCGCCGCAGACCCCCCAAAGGCAUGUACCUGGACCAAGCGGACAUCACAGCUGUGUCAGCUUCUCACGAUGCAGGACAGCUCAGCAUACGGCAGCUGGACACACAGCUCGUGUCCCUCAAAAGACAGGUGCAGGCCAUCAAACAGACCAACAGCAGUUUGAAACACAGCCUGAGUGAAGGUGUGGACGCCUUUAAACCCACCGAGCCCAACACCAAGAUGAACUCUCGCUGGACCACAGAGGAGCAGCUGCUGGCAGUGCAGGCCAUCCGCCGCUACGGGAAAGACUUCAGUGCCAUCUCCGAGGUCAUUGGCACCAAGACCCCGGCGCAGGUCAGCUCCUUCUUCGUGACGUACCGCCGCCGCUUUAACCUGGACGAGGUGCUGAGGGAGUGGGCAGCCGAGCAGGUAUCCAGCAAAGACUCUCCCAAAGAGGAAGACAUGGGCCCCGGGGCCGAAGGGGCCAAUGAAGAGGACGAGGUGAAGAUGGAGGAAUCUCCAUCCGAAACCUCCGGUGGCUCUCCUCCCCCUACGUCUGGACAACCCCCCUCCUCCCUGUCCCAACCCCCGCCUCUGUUAAGGCCCGCCCCCCCCGGCCCCCCCAGUCUGCUGCGCCAGCCCCCACCCUUGCAGACGCGCCCGCUCCAGACCCGCACGCCCCACAACCACCCUCCGCCGCCCCUCAUCCGCCCAAACUCCACCUCCCCCGGGGCAGCUCAGGGCCCACCCUCUCUGCUGGGAGCCAAGGUGGAGCAGGCGACAUCCCACUGACCCUGUGAGCGCCCAGUGACAUCACAAGAGUCCCUUUAAGACACGCCUACCUCCUCAUGGGAGCCUGUGGUGGACCCGCCCCAUCAGACAGACUGCUUUAAGAUGAGCCAUGCUGUGUCGUGUGUCUUUAGACCAGAGGACAGGGAGCUGUAGCUAGAUUCUUCAUGUGAUUAGCUUAGACCUUUUCUUGUAAUAAUGAAUGUGGGGACUAAACGAGUAGUGCGCAGUGUUCACAAGCUCCGAGCUGAACCAUGUAUGUGAUCAUAUUCAGGACACAUUUCCAUAUCAUAGUGUCUGAGGAGACGCCGACCUGUUUCAAGCUCGGCCAAACUCUGUCAAGCUUCAGUUGACACAGCUCACACAGCGCUUUCUCAAACUUCCAAAUGGAUCAAAUCAAAGAGGCUCAUGUUUAGUUUAGUGUGGCAGCCCAGGACUGGAGCUCAUGGUUUAGAGAGCAGUGCUUUUUUUUUUGUACUUUUCCCAAAGCUCUGUGUGCGUUCUCUGUGAGACACAGUUUCAUUGUUUCUUGAACUCAAAUGUUUUUUUAUUUUAGAAUAAAAUGGUUGAAAGUGA